UAUAUUUAAAGGGACUGAACAGAGCAGACGACAGUUACCUGUGAACUGCUACAAGUAAAACAUUAAAACAUUACCUUUGUUAGGCUUAGUGAAAUCAAACAUGCAGAAAUUUUCCGGAUGUCUCGUUACAGUUUUACUGUUUGGAUUUACUUUUUACGGGAAUGCUGAGGAUGCCGUCUGCAGAAACAGACAGGAGGGCUGGGUGGCAGAGAUCGGCUGCUGGGGCUACUACGCCUGCUCUAACGGAACUUUGGUCAAACACACGUGCCCGGGGGCUGAGGUCUUGGACCGUGAGAACAUGACAUGUGUUGAUCCUGUAACAACCACCACGUACUGUGGUAAAGAGGCCGUCUGCUUAGGCCGUAAGGAUGGGACAUACGGUGACGCCACCUGUGAGUCAUACAUUACUUGCCUCAACGGACAGUUCAUGGGCAGACAGUACUGCGGUAAACCAUUGUUGUUCAAUGAGAAACAAGGCUACUGUGACUGGAAAUACAACAUUGACGCCCCUUGUACCAAAGAUUCUCAACCUUGAAUCUCAACAAGAAUUUAUUUAUUAACACCACAAAUCUUAUGAAAAUCCAAGUUUUGUAUUUUGUAUUGUUUUUUUUUUAAACUGAGCUUUUAUUUGAAUAAAAUCUGAUGUCAGCACAUUA